AUGAAAAGUAGUCUGUUGAUAAGCAAAUACGAAAAUGCAAUUUAAAAAUAUAAGAUUUAAAUUAAGAAAAUUAAUAAUUAAUGUAAUAAUUAAAGUAUAUAUAGAAAUAAAAAUUAAUAAUUUUUUAAUGAAUUAAAUCUUCUCAAAUAAGAGCAAUCCAAACUCACUAAUAUAUAAUUAGAAAAUUAAUUUAUUAAGUAAUGUAUUUAAAUAUUGUUAGAGAUGAAAUUUUAUAAUGUCAUCAAUUAAUAGAACAAAUUUUGUUGGAAAAAUAAAACCUGCAAUAAUAAAUAUAAUAAGUUGUUAGGUAAUUGUAAUAAUUAAAUUAAGUGAAUAAAAUAAGUUUGAUAAUCUUUAAUAAGAAAAUGAAAGACUUCUUUAGUUAAUCUUUGAAUUAAAUGAAAAAGCUAAAUUUCUUUCAGAAGAUGAGAAAAAAAGAUUAAAUUAAAAAGAUAUGAAAUAAAUUAAUGUUUAAAACACAAUAAAAAAAUUUUAACAAUGUUAAAAUUAAUAAACAAUUUAAUAUCCAAAAAAAAUAAACCAAAUAUCAAGUAACAUUAUACAUUAUUAAUAGAUUCUUUAAAUUUAGAUUAUGUCAACAAAUGUGGUCAUAAAUUCUCAAUAUAAUAAUUAGAAAAUAUUAUUUUUAAAGCAUUUACAAAUAAAUAAAUAGCUCAUUGUGAUAAGUGUAGUUAACCUAUAUAAGAGAAACUUUGUUUAAUAAUUUAAUGUUUAGGUAAAUUUUACAUUGAGACAAAAUAUAAAUCUAAUCUUUUAGGUAUAAAAAAAAUUAUCAACUAAAAAUUCAACCAAAAUUCUGAAAUGUUAGCAAUUUGUAAAAAUAAAAAGUGCAAUUUUUUCUGUAUUUGGAACUAAACGUAAGAUCAAUUACAAUCCAGAUAAACUUACAGUUUUUGUUUAUGUUGUUGUGAGCAAAGCGUUAUAAACCCUUUUUUACCUGAUUAAAUCUAGAAAGAAAUAAUGUAAAGAAUUUGA